AUGGGGAACCGUAAUGCUUGUGAUAGCGGUGUACCAAGGAAGCUUGUGUCGGAUGACAUGACGGCGGUGUUGCAUUCCCUUAUCCGCUCUGCAGAGGAGAACCAAGAUGAAGAUGACGAUUUGCCAGCAUGGGAUAGUGAUAUGGCGACACUGUUGCUGUUGGUUUGUCUUCUGCCUCCACCACCAAGUGGGAAGAAGAGAGUGGUGAAGAUCACAGUUCUGGAAGCUAUGAAACAUGUAGUCAGGUUUCACAAGUCAUGCCGCAGCCUUCAGGAGAUCACAGGUUCAGACGAGAUGAGGCAACCCUACAUUCUUGCAGUUGGGACGGCAAGAAACAACAUCCAUGACUUCUACAUUGUGGUGGAUGCGGACCCAUAUAAUAACCCCAAGGACCUCCCACCACAACUUAGUUCACCAACGGAGCUGAGAGAAGGCACAGGCAACAUCAGAUAUCAGAGGAAUAAUGUGGUCAAGAUGGUACAAGAUAUGAAUGAUAUAUCUGAUGCUGAUUUUGACAUCAUCUUGAAUACCAUUAUGUCUGUCACUGGUCAGGAACGCAAGGAAGACAUAAGGGCUUCAAGACACCAAAGGCUGCGAGACACAUUAGAUGACCUAUCUGCUGCCAACUUCAAGAGGUUCAAGCAUACUUUGAGAGACCAGUUUGGAAUCCCAUGGGGAUCUCUAGAAAAUGCUGACCAGGUUGACACAGUGCACCUAAUGGAGCAAAAGUACUGUACGGAAACAUGUGGGGAGGUCAAGGUCAUGAUGGACAUCUUAACAAGCAUGGGUCAGAAUCAGCUGGCUACAGACCUGCAGAGGGACAUCAAGAAAAAGCCCACACCUAUUGAGAAAGUCUUACAAGCCCACAAGAAGCGCAUGAAGGAGCAGUAUGGCUCUGUCUUUGAGGGACUUGUGCAAAGAAAGGAACACAAAAUGCCCCUCAACAGGAUCUUCACCCAGCUGUACAUCACAAAGGGAGAGAGCGAAGAGGUGAACAGCGACCAUGAAAUCUGGGAGAUUGAGACAGCAAACAGGAAACAACAAAGGCAACACACAGCGGUUAGCAUCAAUGACAUCUUCAGAGAUAAGCAGAGGCACAUCAGAAUAGUGAUGACCAAAGGAGUUGCGGGUGUUGGAAAGACGGUGUCCGUGCAGAAGUUUAUAGUCGACUGGGCAGAGGGAGUAGCCAAUGAUGAUGUGAACUUCGUCAUAUGUCUUCCCUUCAGAGAACUGAACUUGCUCAAAGACGAGGAAAACAGUCUUCAGGAUCUUGUGCUCGAUAUGUAUGAUGAACUUGAACCACUGAAAGACACAAAUGCCUUCAAGGAGUCGAAGGUUGUGUUCAUUCUCGAUGGUCUCGAUGAGAGCAGAUUUCCACUUGAUUUUCAGAAAAACAAACCUGUGUACAACAUUCAAAAGAAAGCAUCACUGGAUGCUCUCAUGACUAACCUCCUUAAGGGAAACAUUCUUCGAUCAGCUUUAGUGUGGAUAACUUCACGGCCAGCGGCUGCCGAUCUGAUCCCCUCCGAUUACAUCGACCAGUUUACUGAAGUGCGUGGAUUCAACAAUGCACAAAAGGUGGAGUACUUCCAGAAGAGACUUGUCAAUAGUCCCAAGGCAGACAGAAUCAUCACACAUGUCAAGACAACAAAGAGUCUUUUCAUCAUGUGCCAUAUACCUGUCUUCUGCUCCAUCACCGCCACUGUGAUGCAGGACAUGAUGGAUCAGGGAAACACUGAGGAGAUUCCCAAAACCCUCACGGAAAUGUAUGUCCACUUCCUUUUCACACAGCUCAAGAUGUCAAACCACAAGUUCGUCGGAAAUAAGUUGUCAGCCCGGAGAGCUUUUCUCGCUGAACACAAGGACGGUAUCCUCAAGCUGGCAGAACUGGCUUUCCGCAAGCUGGAGGGGACAGAGGGUUCGAUCCUGUUUUACGAAGAUGACCUGAAAGAGUGCGGUAUCAAUCCGGAAGACGCGUCUGUCCUGUGUGGUUUGUGCACGGAAAUAUUCAAGGUGGAACCUGUGAUGUUCCAGAAGAGGUUCUACAGCUUUGUGCACCUCAGCAUACAGGAGUUCCUUGCUGCCCUCCAUGUGUUCGCCUCCUUCAGGAGCAAGAACAUGGAGGCACUGAAACCCUUUCUUGAGAAGAGACCAAAGAAAGUGUUCUUGUACCUACUGCUGAAGAGUGCCAUAACCAAUGCCCUCAAGAGCAAGAAUGGACACCUGGAUCUCUUUCUCCGCUUCCUAGUGGGACUCUCUGUGGAUUCCAACCACUCCUUCUUGGAAGGGUUGUUGCCAGAUCCCGUGGAGGAGGACAAAAAAGACAACGAAAAGAGCAUGGAAUUGGUGAUCGGGCACGUCAAGUCUUUGGUGCGAGAUAAACUCUCCCCCGAAAGAUUCAUAAACCUUAUGAACUGCCUGACGGAGAUGAAGGACGACUCCGUCCACAAGGAGCUUGAACGCUACUUGCAGUACGAGAAGUCCCCCGAAACAGAGCUCACGUCCGCCCACUGCUCUUCUCUGGCCAACAUGAUCCUGCUGUCAGAGGAGCCACUGGAGGUGUUUGACCUUGAACGCUACAAUUUGGGAGACGAGGGGAAGGCUGAAAGGCUGCUGCCGGCUGUUAGAUGGUGCAAAAAAGCCAGGCUUACUGAAUGCAAGCUCUCGGCUAAUUGUGGGGAGAUAGUGGCCUCAGCUCUCAAGUCUGAGCACUCACCUCUAAGGGUGCUUGACCUCAAAAGGAGCUACCUCACAGAGCCUGGGCUUAAGGCGGUCUGCUCCGGACUCACAAUCCCUCAUUGCAAACUGCAGUCUCUGAGUCUGGCCGGUUGCAGGCGGAACAUGGACUUCACGUGUGAGGUGCUGGGAAAGGCUCUCCUGUCCGUCAACUCCCACCUCACAGAGCUGGACCUGAGCUGCAACAUGCUGUGCGGCCCAGACAUGAGAGCACUCACCUCAGGACUCAAGAGUCCCGCCUGUAACAUUGAGAAAUUGAGGUUGCGGAGUUGCUCACUUCGUGACUCUGGUUGUGAGAUACUGGCAAGUGUUCUUCGAUCGGAACCAUGCAGCCUGACAGAGCUGGAUCUAAGGGACAACGUGCUGAAUGACACAUGCAUCAAACUGCUGUCUGAGGCCAUGAAGUCCCCACACUGUCACCUGGAGAAACUGAGACUGUCAGCCUCCAACCUCACUGAGGCAUCCUGGAGGUGUUUGAUGUCAGUCUUCGAGGGGGAGCUGGACCUGAGUGAGAACAGGCUGCUGAUGUCAGAGCUGGAGCAGCUGUCGGCAGCACUGAGGAGCCCAGACUGCAGAGUGAACACACUCAGGUUGAAGCACUGCUGUCUGACAGGCGACCACUCUUUGGUCAAGUUCGGCCAGAUUUUGGCUUCAGUCCUCAGUUCAGAUGGGUCCCAUUUGAAGGAGCUGGACCUGAGUGAUAACGACCUGCAGGACUCAGGAGUGGAGCUGCUCUCCUCUGGACUACAGAGCCCACAAUGCACACUGGAGAUACUGAGGUUGUCUUUCUGUGGCGUGACUGAGAAAGGCUGUGAGUUUCUGGCUUCUGCACUGAGUGCAAACCCCUCCUACCUGAGAGAGCUGGACCUGAGCUACAAUCACCCAGGAGAGGCUGGAGUCAAGCUGCUCUCUGAAAGAAAAGACGACCCAUACUGCAAACUAGACACACUCAAUGUGGAGAACAAUGCAGAGUGCUGGAGGAAGUCAGGACUCAGGAAAUACGCCAGGGCGCUGACGUGGAACACUGACACCAUGAACAAGCAGCUCUUCCUCUCUGACGAGAACCAGAAGGUAACGUGCACGGCCCAGGAACACGACUAUCCACCCCACCUGGAGAGGUUUCACACGGUCGAGCAGGUUCUGGCCAGCGAGGGGUUCUCCGACCGCUGCUACUGGGAGGCGGAGUGGAAAGGGUUCCGCGUCUACCUGGGCAUGGCGUACAAAGACGUGGAGAGGAAAGGGGGCGGCGGCCGCCUCGGACACAACGACAAGUCCUGGGCUCUGCGCUGCUACUAUGACGAAACGGUCAAAGGUUUUCCCGUGAAUUCUUACGCGGCUUGUCAUGAUAGUGGCGUAAAGUUGAUCGAAUCGCCCGGGAGCGACGCCACGCGUGUCGGAGUGUUCCUGGACUAUACGGCCAGCACGCUGUCCUUCUACAGCAUCUCCUCCGACAGCUUCACCCACCUGCACACGUUUGAACACAGAUUCACUGAGCCUCUCUACCCAGGAAUCCGGUUUGUGUCCGAUUUUCACACAGAGGAUAGUGUGUUGCUGUGCAAGAUAGAAUAGGCCUGAAAAUUAAAUAAUGGAGGAUGGUUUCCUUGCUUGAAAAUCUACAUCUGACUAGGUGCAUAGUUAGAAAGUUAAAUAUAGCAUUAAGUGUAGCUUACUCAUUGAUUAAACACAGCUUCAUGUGCACCCAAAUCAAAAUAAAGUCUACUAAAUUUAAAUUGCUAAAUGUGCUGGGCAAAUGUUUGUAUGUUAUGUUAGACCAGACACGAUGACACCUCAGAAUUUAGAGAAAAUUGUAGCGAUUGUACUUUUUUAAAUCCAUGUUUGAGAAUCAUAAUGUUUUUACAAUACUAUCAAAAUAAGAACACUGGAAGAAUUGUCUGAUUUUUAAAUCCUCUUUAAAAUCAUGUACUGUAUUAUCCAAAACUCGCUUCUAUCAACUUGUGAUUUGCUCAUCAAAAUGUGCGCUUGGAGAGCAGGUUAAUCAAUUACAGCUGAUGCUUUUAUCCAAAGUGACUUACAAAAGCGAAACAAUCAACGUACAAUGUGUCAUGUACAUGUUUGUGCAGCAUUAAAUAAAUAAUAAGACCAUCAGUUUAUCAGCCAAGUUGCUCUUCCUCAAGAAAUGGAAGUGAGUCGCAGCUGUGUCUUCUUCACCAGUGUGGUGGUGUUAGUGUUUCAGUACCGGGCAUCAUCCAUGUGUAACAGGGAAGCUACACCAGCUGCGUAACUGAAGUGUUCUGUUCGCGAAGCGUAAAAUGCAUUUUUAAUUAGAUGAAAAACUUAAAAAUCUCAAGGUAUAGCUGACUGCCUCAAAGUGCCUGAAAAGGCCCCGGACCUCCAAGUGUUAACUGCUGCAGCAUACGUGUCGCGAACAGAACGCAUCAGUUAUGCGCCUGGUGUACUGUAGCUCCCCUGUAAGCCCAGGAAAUUAAAUUGUGAGACUCUCUCCAGACAGGUUCCUGUUUAUGUGGGAUGUGGAUUUCUUCCCCCUGAGGUGGAUGAUCAGCUUGGUGGUUUACUAGUGUGGUCAAAACACGGUUACAUUGGCUGAUGCUUUGUUGUGGUGAAACCCAAACACGGGGUACAGAACUGGAUAUUUUCUGUAGAUUUGUUGUAAUCUGUCAUUUUUGUCAGUUGUUAAACCUGAACUAAAAUGUUUAAUAAAAGCAA